AUGGAGAAAGGGCAUAAUUUUGAUCUAAAGCAUAUAUUACAAUGCAUUAGUGGAGGUGGUAUUAGUUAUGGUAGUAAUAAUAGUAGUAGUUGUAAUAGUAGUAGUCAUAGUCGAAGUAGUAGUAAUGGUAGUAUUUGUAGUUUUUUUAGUAAUUGUAGUAAUUGUAGUAAUUGUAGUAAUUGUAGUAAUUGUAGUAAUUGUAGUAAUUGUAGUAAUUGUAGUAAUUGUAGUAGAGGUAAUAAUAGUAGUAUUAGUGGUUGUUGGGAAAAUCAAGUUUUAUUAGGUAAUGGUGAAAAUUGUAAUUGUAUAAAUCAUUGUAUGAGAGCCUAUGAAAGAGUAGUAUCUACUUUAAUCAGUAAAAAUGAAAACAAUCAAGAGAUAGUCUUUAUUCAAGACAACCCUAUAAAUCAAUUUCAAGUUUGUUCCAUCCACUUUAUUUUUGAAAAUAAUACUGGAUUAAAUAAUGUCAAUGGAUAUUUGAAAUCAAUCAAACCAAAUGAUAAUCAAAGCAUCUUUGGAAUAACCUCAAAUUUAAACAUCAAAGAUUUCGUAACCACCUGGGAUUUUUUUCUAACAAAAGUGAAGGAUGUAUACUUCAUUAAUGAAGAUCUAGGUGUUAUGGUAUUUAUAUCAUCACAAACAAGAUAUCUUAAUGGAGAGCUUCAAUUUGAAUUGUCUGACGGUACUUUUAUGAUCUUAGAUCAUUUGGUUUAUACUAUUUCUCAGAUACUUAAAGGUAACUCUAAAGCUUUCUUUAUUAUUGAAGUUGGUGCUGGUAUUGAGGGCCAUGACAAAUACCUUGGUAUUACGAAACCAAACAACGUAGAAUUUAUUUUUUCCUAUAACUAUGGUACCAAUGAAUUCAAGUGUAAUCACAGACAUUUCUCAAAGCUUUUAGAACUUGUGGAAGAAGAGAUUCUGACAAUGGAUGAAUUAGAAAAAAAGAUAUAUAACUGUCUUUGA